UGUAAACGUGUCUUUUUAUCUAAUUUAGAAAAUGCAUUUAGAUGUUACUAAAUCCAACUUUCCAUUCGCUGUCACCUAUAACAUGUUGGUUCUUUGGACAUCUCUUACAUGUGGGCAAAAGUUGCAUGCAGAGAAAGAAUUUACCAUAUUUAGGUGUGCCAUCUCUGCUCAUGGCAUUAUCCUAGCCUCCCAUGUUUUAGGGUGUAGAUAUAUGCUGCACGCAUAAUCCAUGCGUUUGAUCCAAAUUUAGCCGAGUCCAUAUGUACGCGUCGCAAACCAGGUAGAUGUUGCACCAGAAGCGCCGAUUAGUAAAGCCGGCCGCCCGUCCGGUCUCUCGUACUAUACGGCUUGCUAGUUGCAUUGCUGCUCUCACGGCGAUCGCCCUUCCAUCCUUUCAGUUCGAUCUCCAAGGCCGAGGAGGGUGCCGCGCCGGCGUGGCGACGCAAUGCAGCCAAAGGAUGAGGAGGAGGGCGCCGCGCCGGCGGCCACAGGCUUCCCGGUGAGCGGCGGCGGCGGCGGCGGCACGGGCGGCGCGACCGCGGCCUUCGUGGUGCCGGCGCCCCCCGCCCCGUGGUCCACUGGGCUCUUCGACUGCUUCGACGACGUGGGCAACUGCUGCGUGACGUGCCUGUUCCCGUGCAUCACGUUCGGGCAGGUGGCGGAGAUCGUGGACCGGGGGUCGACGUCGUGCGGCGCGAGCGCGGCGCUGUACACGCUCAUCGUCGCGCUGACGGGGUACGGGUUCCAGAGCAUCUUCUCCUGCUUCUACCGGGCCAAGCUGCGCGCGCAGUUCGGCCUGGAGGAGAGCCCCUGCCCCGACUGCCUCGUCCACUUCUUCUGCGAGUGGUGCGCGCUCUGCCAGGAGUACCGCGAGCUCAGCAACCGAGGCUUCGACAUGAACAUAGGAUGGCACGCGAACAUGGAGAGGCAAGGGCACGCCGCCGCCACCAUGCCGCCGCAGAUGCAGCCCGGGAUGACCCGCUGAUGCUGCCGCUCGCCUUUGUUGCUGAUGUGGAUACCAAACGCUAUGCGGCCCAACCUGCAUAUUCCUGUCCCUCCUUGCGCUAUUGUUCUUGCGAGCCUGUGCAGUGUAAUCAAGAUGUGGCCUACUAUGAGCAGUGAGUUUGUCAAUGUAAAAGAGAACUCUCUGUUUGCAUAGCUAGUUCUGAAUCUCUGGUCUUUAGCUGGUGUGAUGGGUAUAGUUUAAUGU